GAUACAUGUUAGUCAUGGAAUGUGGGGAGGAGGGUGAUAUGCGUAAUUAUCUGCGUGUAAACAACCAGGAUUUGUCUUGGUCAGAAAAGAUCUACUUAUUAAGAGACACCGCAAGUGCUCUUAGUGUACUUCAUCAACGCGAAUUUGUUCAUGGAGAUUUGCACACAGGAAAUAUAUUGAAAAAAAGCACCAAACCUUCGUUGCUAAAUCGAUUGGGUAUGACCGAUGGUCACAAACGUAUGUGCAUAGUAGAUUUACCUUUGAGCUAUGUGUCAACGCAACUAUUCGGUGUGAUACCAUAUGUCGCCCCCGAAGUUUUCAUCAACGGAUAUCACACCAAGGCUUCAGAUGUAUACAGCUUCGGUAUGGUGAUGUGGGAGUUGGCCGUUGGUCUGACUCCUUACCAUGAUUAUGCUCACGACAAGGAUUUGAUUGAUGAUAUAUGUAGAGGCGUACGCCCUGACAUUGAAAGCAUCAUACCACAAUUUUAUGUAGAUUUGAUGACGCAAUGCUGGGAUCCGGAACCGCUGAAACGACCAAGUGCUCACAUGAUAAAAGCGAGCAUCGAAGGAUGGAUAUCGGCGUUAAAAAAAUCAUCGAUUAUGUCAUCCAAACUGCAACAGAGCAUUCUGUCGCAGAUAAAGAGUAGCGAUGAGUUGAACAAGAAGAGCUUCAAACGACAAACGAGGAUGAAUUCAUUGGUAUCCUCUACACCUACAAUAGCGGCCACAUUUCAUAGUCAAAAUUUGGGUGAUAUUUUGACUUUAGAUGGACGCAGUACUACCUCCUCGAGGAAAUCCAGUAAUUUUUCAUCAAGUUCAUAUCGACAUUAA